CGGUAGAGGUCGCUGUAGUCGGUGGUUGGUACGCGAACUGAAGCGACAAGCACCGAGCCGCCAUUAAAAACGCCGCACUUCCUUUCAUUCACUUCACUUUGUGCAGACAACACGUGUGCGGAGCUUAACAGAAAUCAUGGUGGCCCCAAAGAAGCAAAAGAAGGCGAUCGAGAGCAUCAACGCCAAGUUGGCGCUGGUGAUGAAGAGCGGUAAAUACUGUUUGGGAUACAAGCAGUCGCUUAAGACUCUCCGCCAAGGUAAAGCUAAGCUCAUCAUCAUCGCCAACAACACGCCGCCACUCCGCAGAUGUGAAAUUGAAUAUUACGCCAUGUUGGCCAAAACUGGCGUUCAUCAUUACACCGGUAACAAUAUUGAAUUGGGUACAGCUUGCGGUAAAUACUUCCGAGUGUGCGUAAUGUCGAUCACGGAUCCUGGCGAUUCCGAUAUCAUCAAGUCGAUGCCCACUGGGGAGGUCCAAGCUUCAUAAGAUGUAAUAAUUUCAUUUCUAUUUUGAUAAUUGGUACAAUCAUCAUUGUCAAUGGAAAAGAAAAUAGAAGUUGGCAAUGAUA